CUGUUUCUGAAAUAAUUUCUGUCUGUUUGAUAGAUGCGACGACUUCAGUCGAAAGUUGGUGGAGGUGGAGCAGUGUGGGGAGUGACCCGUAGUACGGGUGGCCGAAGGGCGUGCGCGAGGUGUUCCCUGUAACAAAAUGUGGCACUAGAAACGUUGCAGUGCAGGCUUGAGGCUGCAGAGCGGCGCGAUGGCGGCCGACACAGCAGUGGCGGCUAGCCCCGAGGAGACACUCGAGUCGCUGCUGCGUGAAGCCGAAGCACUAAAGCAGAAAUUAGAAGAGGAGCGUCAAAAGCUCAAUGAUGUAUCUCUGUCAUGUGUAGCGGAACGACUGGAAACCAUUGCUUUUCCCAAUUUAAAACUGCGACGCAUGCUGAAGGGCCACCAGUCCAAGGUGCUCUGCUCCGACUGGUCUCCUGAUAAACGACACAUUGUGUCCUCGUCCCAGGAUGGCAAGGUGAUGGUAUGGGACGCGUUCACGGCCACCAAGGAGCUGACCAUCGCCAUGCCGAGCACGUGGGUCAUGGCGUGCGCCUACGCGCCGUCGGGCAGCCUGGUGGCGGCCGGCGGGCUGGACAACAAGGUGACGGUGUUCCCGCUGGCCGGCGGCGACGACGAGCCGGCCGCGCGCAAGCGCACCGUGGCCACGCACACGUCCUACAUGUCGUGCUGUCUGUUCCCCAACACGGACCGCCAGAUCCUCACGGGCAGCGGCGACGGCACCUGCGCGCUGUGGGACGUCGAGUCGGGCCAACUGCUGCAGAGCUUCCAGGCGCACGCCGCCGACGUCAUGGCGCUGGACCUGGCGCCGUCCGACAUGGGCGACACGUUCGUGUCGGGCGGCUGCGACCGCGCCGUGCUGGUCUGGGACAUGCGCACGGGCCAGGCCGUGCAGGCCUUCGACACGCACGACUCCGACGUCAACAGCGUCAAGUACCAUCCGUCGGGGGACUCGCUCGUCACCGGCUCCGACGACUCCUGCUGCCGCCUGUUCGACCUGCGCGCCGACCGCGAGGUGGCGCGGUACAGCAAGGAGAGCAUCAUCUUCGGCGUGAACUCGGUGGAGUGGUCGGUGAGCGGGCGCCUCGUGUUCGCGGGCUACAGCGACUACACGGCCUGCGCCUGGGACGCCCUGCGCGGCGCGCGCGUCUGCGUCCUCUGCGGCCACGAGCACCGCGUCACGCGCGUCCAGCUGGCGCCCGACGGCACCGCGCUGUCCACCGCCUCCUGGGACGCCACCAUACGCAUCUGGGCGUAGGCGCCGGCACCGCGCCACGCGCGUCCAGCUGGCGCCCGACGGCACCGCGCUGUCCACCGCCUCCUGGGACGCCACCAUACGCAUCUGGGCG